AUGAGGCAACAACUUUUCCCCUUGGGACAAGUGCUGUACUGUGCAAAUGUUGGGAUCCCGAUCCAUCACUUUCAUCCAACUGUGCUACAAGGGUUGAAGGUACCAGCGCCGGGCCCAUCCCGGUUGUUGGUUGAGUUACUCAAGCGGCUUGGGGAGAAGAUGCCGAUCACCAGGGGCGAGCCUCGCGGUGCCCAAGCACAACUUAACAAGUGGAAACAAGCCGCCAAUCCGGCCAGCACUGUAGCCCGUCCCCCAUCAUCCUCACCCUCUAAAAACGACGGGCCAAUGGUUAAACCCAUGAAUCUCAUUGUAUUGACUGAUGGGGAACCUGAUCGCGGCCAAGGUCCUGAACAAGUCAUUGUCAAUAUCGGCUGA